AUGGGCCACGCUCUGCUCUUCCUCUUCCUCCUCAUCCUCAUUCCCCCGGGGCGGGGGGAAACCGCGACCACCGCCCCCCCGGGGGGUGACAGAGGGACCGCGGCGGUGCGGGCGCUGCUGGCGGAGGUCGCUCCCCCGCUCCAGGCGCUGCGGGGCCGGGGGGUCCCGUGCGGGGCGUUGCUCCCCGACGCCCUCCCCGAUUUCUCCCGCAUCCCCCCGCUGCCCCGCGCCCUGUCCCGCGCCGCGUUGGCGCUGGCGCUGAGCGGGGCCGGGUGCGGGGCCGAGGCGGAAGCGGCGGCGGGGGGGCUGUACCGGGAGCUGAGCCCCCCCGCGGCCACCGCCCUGCUGCGGGGUCUGGCGGGGCUGCGGGACGUCCCCGAGCGCCUCACGUUGCCGCUGCUCUCCAGCUUGGCCCGGCUGCGGCGACGCUGCGCGCUCCCCCUGAACGAGACCCGCACCGGGACGGUCCGGUGCCGUCGGGACGCGGAGGACGACGCGUGCAGCCCCCCCGGGGAGCGCGAAGCGCACGGGGUGCUCGAGUGGGUGCCGGGCGUCAACGCCGUCUACAACCUGGGCAGCGGCCUCUACUUCGCCUUCCAGGGCUGCGAGCUGCUCGCGUCCGAGCGGGCGCUGCAGGCGGCCGAGGAUCUGGGCUACGCGGCGCUGGCGGCGUUCACCGGGGGCGGCCCCGUGGCCGUGGGGCUGCGGUUCGGGCUGCAGCCCGGUAUCAAGGCGGGGGUCCGAGCGCUCUACAGGUACUUCACGGCCGACGGGGAACCCCCGACGGCGCCCAGCGCGCACAGCGGCCCCGUCCUCGUGGUGUGAAUAAAGGCGCUUCGCCCUCCGUGUCCCUAUCGCUGUCGCCGUCCCGGUCGGUGCGGCCGCGCUGCCCCGGGGCGCGGGGACCUUGGCCCGGGGGCGGCCUUGGACGAUGCGCGCGGUGACGGCGGCGCUCUGCCCCACGGCGCUGUGCCCCCGGCCCAGCCCUGCCCCGUGGCCCGGUCCCUAGCUGUCCUGGGGGGCCUGUCCCCCAUCCCCACCGCUCCGUCCCCCCUUGCUCCCAUUGCCACCCCCGACCCGGCUCCGCCAUCUCCGCCCCCUACAGCCCCGCCCCCUUGGGUUUGGCCACGCCCCCUUCGU